GGUUUCAGGGGGAUUUGCUCCUGUCUAAGAUGCUCUCGCGGUGCUUCGUGUCUUUUUCUGUGAUGCAUAUGUAAUUCACACUCUCCUCCUCAACACAUUUGCUUUCGGUCUAAUUCCUUCUGUCUUCACAUGCACUCACUCGCAUGCGCUCACCCACUCUCCUUCUCCUUCACCGUCCCCCUCCCUCGCUUUUUCCUCUCCAUCCUCUGCUGCUUUGCUCUUCUGUUGUCUGUUUUCUCUGUUUCCCUCCCUUUCCACACUGUGACUCCCCAAACCCCGUCUUUUCUUUUUGGUCGUUGUCGUCGAUAAUCCCACCACCUCUGCUUUCCAUCUCCAUCCUCCCUUCUUUCUUUUUGUUUUCCCUCAUUCUUUUUCCACCACCUGUCCUGUUGGAUAUCGGAUACACGCCUCACCUUCCCAUCUCUCUCCAUUCUUUCUUCCCUCUCCUGCUAAAUUCCAAAGACCACCCUCUCUCCUCUCCUUCUCCUCUCUCUUUUCAUUGCUCUCUCUCUCUCCGUUCCCUGUGGCCCUCCCCCUCCCUUUUCAUGUUUCCCCCCUCCCUCCAUCCUCUCUUUCCCUCGCUGGUUCAGUUAGUCAAAGAAGAGAUUCACGGAAGGAAAGAAAAGGGGGGAAAGGCAGGACGAGAGUGAGAGCGCAGGAGUGGGGCAGGCUGGGGAGAGGGGCGUGGGGUCUCAGCCCUCUGUCGUGGGGGGUUGGGGGGGUUGAGAUACACCCCAAUAUUUUGUUCUAAGUACCAUGGACUGCCUCUGCAUUGUGACUACAAAGAAGUACAGGUACCAGGAUGAGGAGACGCCCCCCUUGGAGCACAGCCCAGCACAUCUGGCUCCAGGGAAAAGUGCAGAGAUGCUUCACAUGAGUGACAAGAACCUCGCUGCCAUGGAGGCCAUACACGGCUACACGCCACACACGCAUAUCUCUCCUGUCAAGCCUGUGUUGAUGUCCACGGGACACACUCCAAUGUACACCUCCGCAGUUUCCACACUGGGAAACACUCCUCCAGUGGUGGUGAACACUGACACACUUGAUGGCUCGCCAUAUGUAAAUGGGACAGAAGGAGAAAUUGAGUAUGAGGAAAUCACACUGGAAAGAGGCAACUCGGGCCUGGGCUUCAGCAUAGCAGGGGGUACCGACAACCCUCACGUCGGGGACGACCCCAGUAUCUUCAUCACCAAAAUUAUACCGGGAGGAGCCGCGGCUCAGGACGGACGGCUCAGCGUGAACGACUGCAUCCUCUUUGUGAAUGAUGUCGAUGUGAGGGAGGUGACGCACAGCCAAGCUGUAGAGGCCCUGAAGGAGGCAGGUGCUAUUGUCCGCCUCUAUGUUCUCCGCAGAAAACCAGCAGCAGAAAAAGUCACCGAAAUCAAACUAAUCAAAGGGCCUAAAGGAUUAGGCUUCAGCAUCGCCGGAGGGGUGGGAAACCAGCACAUACCGGGAGAUAACAGCAUCUAUGUCACCAAGAUCAUCGAAGGCGGGGCGGCUCACAAAGACGGCCGCCUGCAGAUCGGGGACAAAAUCUUAGCGGUGAACAACGUGUGUCUGGAGGAUGUGAUGCAUGAGGACGCGGUGGGAGCUUUGAAGAACACAGCUGAAGUGGUGUACCUCAGGGUGGCCAAGCCAAACAACCUCUUUCUGACAAACUCCUACAACCCACCAGACCUCACCAGCACAUAUUCCCAUAUGGAUACUGAACUUAGCCACCCCAACUAUCUUGGAUCAGAUUACCCACAAGCCCUCACCCCCACCUCGCCGAGUCGCUUUUCUCCUGUCCUGCACGGCCUGAUGGGAGAUGACGACAUACCCAGAGAGCCUCGCAGAGUCUUGAUUCACCGAGGCUCUACGGGUCUGGGCUUCAACAUUGUAGGGGGAGAGGAUGGAGAGGGCAUAUUUAUCUCCUUCAUCCUGGCAGGAGGGCCGGCCGACCUCAGCGGGGAGCUUCACAAGGGCGAUCAGAUCCUUAGUGUGAACGGCGUGGAUUUGCGCAUGGCCACGCAUGAGCAGGCUGCCGCGGCUCUGAAGAACGCUGGCCAGACCGUAACCAUCAUCGCUCAGUACAGGCCCGAAGAGUACAGCCGUUUUGAAGCUAAAAUCCAUGACUUGCGGGAACAGCUGAUGAACAGCAGUAUGGGCUCCGGGACCACAACACUAAGGAGUAACCCAAAGAGAGGCUUCUACAUCAGGGCUCUUUUUGACUACGACAAGACAGCGGACUGCGGUUUCCUCAGUCAAGCCCUGGGCUUCAAGUUUGGGGACGUCCUGCAUGUGUUGGACUGCGGCGAUGAAGAAUGGUGGCAGGCCCGGAAGGUCAGCCCGCAGAACGAGGCCGAGGAGGUCGGCUUCAUCCCCAGCAAACACAGGGUGGAAAGAAAAGAGUGGUCUCGUGUUAACACCAAAGAGAGGGACCACGGUCGGGACAGCGUGGGCACCCAAGGGAGAGAUAAAACCCCACACAGUUAUGAGACAGUUACUCAAGUGGAAGUACAUUACGCAAGGCCGAUCAUCAUUCUGGGUCCGGUGAAGGACAGGAUAAAUGACGACCUGCUGUCUGAGUUCCCUGAUAAGUUCGGCUCCUGUGUCCCCCACACGACGCGGCCUAAGAGGGAUUACGAGGUGGACGGGCGAGACUAUCAUUUUGUGUCCUCCAGGGAACAGAUGGAAAAGGACAUCCAGAGCCACCGGUUCAUCGAAGCCGGGCAGUACAACAGUCAUCUGUACGGCACCAGCGUGCAGAGCGUCCGCGAGGUGGCCGAGCAACAGGGAAAGCACUGCAUCCUGGAUGUUUCGGCUAACGCUGUGCGUAGACUACAAGCUGCUCAACUUCAUCCCAUCGCAAUCUUUGUCCGGCCCAAGUCACUGGAGAAUGUUUUAGAAAUCAACACUCGGCUGACGGAGGAGCAGGCCAGGAAAGCAAUGGACCGAGCCCUCAAACUAGAACAGGACUUCAUCGAGUGCUUCUCAGCCGUCGUGGAAGGGGAGAGCUUCGAAGAGGUUUAUCACAAAGUAAAGACAGUGAUCGAAGAGCAAUCGGGGCCUUACAUCUGGAUCCCCACUCGGGAGAGGCUGUGAUGCUGCGACAGACCCGACCCGCCCUCGCCUCCCGACCCUCACAGCCACAGACCGCCGCCGCCAUUCACCCGUCACAGCCGAGCCAGCCUCGCCUGCCUUCCCGUCUGUCCUCCCGUCCUCCAGCGAAGUCUGUGCUUAGGCGACCGCCGCUUAACGACACAGAGAGACUAAACGCCUGCAAACGAGCGGGAAAGCACGGGAAACGACACCGCGAGGCAAGUAAGGAUACCAAAAAGGAGACUUUUUUUAAGAAAAACAACAAAAAAAAACAAGGCGAACAAGCUGAUGAUGUGAGUUCAACUGAACGAGAUCGGGAGAAAAGAUUUUAGUGUAAUUUUACUUUACCAUUUAGGAUCAGUUGGUAUUUAGUAUUAAAAUGAACGCUGGAUUUAAACAGUGGCUUCACCAGACUAAAUUGGCCAAAAAUUAACUUGCAUUCAACAAAAAAAUCCGCUUUAAUGUUUCGGCCAUUGAAAAUACACACACAGACGGCCACUUUAGGCAGAUUUUAACUGCAUUUUGAUCCUGUAUGUGAGCUGCGGUCCAUGUUCUGUGGAUCUCAGAAGAGUGUAGAUGUGUCUGAGUAGACUGUGGAGUAAAGCAGAGGGUAGACCUCAGCUUCUCUGCCUAUCUCAAGUCUCCUGCCCCACAAUGGGCACUUCUACGUGACGGUGAUCCCCAGGAUGGAGAUGCUAACAAAAGAGCAUUUUAGCAUCUCUCUUUUUUUUUAAACAACCUCCUAAGCGUCUUUGGAGAAUACUUCAGAUUCCAGUGAGGCCCGCUCGCUUGACCAGGAAUCUUUUCUCAGCACUUUUUGUCAACCUCUUCUUGGUUCUUGGUGCACACUUGAAACAACAUCUCUGUAACCAAGACAAACAUUUCUUCUUUUGCCCAUUUUAAAUAUUGUGAGGCAGAUUUUCGAGGCGUUGCAGUUUAUUUUGAUUAAAAGCUCAUUAUAAGCUGAAGCAUGCAUCUUCACUGAUGGAGUUAUCAGAGAAAAACGGAGGAAAGGAAAAAAAAAAUCUCAGAAAAAAUAGGAAAACACAAAAGAACGGCUAAAACGUACAGUAUCUUGCGAAAAUAUCUGAACUUUCUCACGUUUUGUCAUGUUCAAACCGCAACCUUGUAGGAUUUGUGAUAAGCGAACAGAAUAUUGUCCGUAAUUGUUAAGUGGACGGAUGAGAAUUUAUGCUUUCCAAAGGUAUUUUACAAAUAUAAAAUUUAAAAAUGUCAUUGUGCAUUUGCAUUCAACCCCCUGGAGUCAAUUCUUGGUAGAAACUCUUUAAAAAUACAAAAGCUAAAAUGGCUUCAUCUAGUCUGGGAGAGUCCAAAGCGCAUCUAUUCACACACUGAUGGGGGUAAGCGACUAGAUCUCACUCUGGACGGAUACUGUGUCUUAUUGGGUUUAGUUCUGGCCUUUGACUGGGACAUUCAGGCACAUUAUUAUUCUUUGAUCGCAGCCGUUCCGCUGCAGCUCCAGCUAUAUGUUUAAAGUCUUUUCUCGGAGAUGAAUCUCUCCCCCCGGUGGAUUGUUCCCAGGAUAAUCCUGCGCUUAUCUUCAUUUAUCCAUCAGAUUUGAGCAGCUUUUGUGUCUCCUUGCUGACGAAAAACAUCCCCACAAUAUGAUGCUACCACCGCUCUGUGACUAUGUAUGGACGGUCUUCUCAGUCUGAUGUGUAUUUUCACAAAGUUAUUUCGGCUUUUCUAUCUAAGAAUUCUUAUCACUUCUUAAUAGGGGUCUAAAUAUAAAGAUGCACCGCUUUUUUUUUUUUUUUUCAGAUUUUUAUUCAUUAAAUAUUUUUUAAAUAAAUGUGCACCACUUUCUACUAGUCUGGCUCGUAACACUCCAGCGUUUGAAGUUUUGCGGUUGCGGCAUGACAAAACGUGGCAAAGCUCGAGAUAAAUGGAUCCUUUUUGCAAGGCACUGUAUGUUCUUCUUCUCUGCCUCUUUAUUGCGAAGGAGGGUUUUAGCAUGUCUUAUAAAAGAAGAGGAGUGAGGAGACGAGAGGCUGGCCCUGAGCGGAAACUGAUAAUCCGACACGGUUUGGCUUCUCACACACACACGCACCCGCACGCAAAACACACACACACACACACACGCGCACACGUGCAAACCUCGCACCCCCAUCCGGCGACCCUCACACACACGUGGAGUUGGACCCUCAGCUGUGAACCUGGCGACACCCCUCUGCAGCUGUUCUGACCUGCUAGUCGGAAUCCAGGAUGAAUGUUAUCUCUCCAGGCACAAACAGCAGAGCUCUCGGCUUCACCUUGCCGGUCACUCUUCCAGGAGAUCCCCUUUCAACGCGCAGACACGCACACUGUUUCCAGUGGGCGCAGCAUAAGCCAUUGCGCGUGUGUCUGUAUCCGUGAGCGCCUCUGCACAGCUGUGCAUGUGUGGAAACUCCUCUGUGUGUGUGUGAGGAGGAAUAGGUCUUCUUUUAUUCUCUCUCUUCCACUUUUCUCCGCUUCUUUCUCCCUCUCGAGUCCACACAAAUUAACUAUAAGUCAUGUUUAAGGACUAUUUAAAAAAAAACAGAAAUGGCCUCUAUAUAUAAAUAUAUAUAUAAAUAUAUAUCUUUUUUAUGACAAUUUCUAACAGGACUAAGUCUGUAAAGAAUAAUCAACAUUUCCAAAUAAUAUUUCAUUGAUUUCUUUGGGUAAAAUAGUAUUUUGGUUGUUGGGUUUACCCCCAUAUUCUCAUUUUAUUGUUGUUAAGCAAAAAGCUACACAGAUAUAUAUAUAAAAAAAGAACCAUUUAAAGCUGAUGUAAAGCAAACCUGACAUAAAUAUGAAACGGUAAUAUUUGGGGGAGGGGGCGGAAAAUGUCAAAAAAAAAAAAAAAAAACUAAU